UUUUUUUUUCCCCCUUUUUUUUUUUCUUUUUUCCUCCGAAACCUCAUAAAUGCAUUGAAUAAAUAAAACGCAGCCUUGAAGCGGAGGAAAGGGCACAAUCGGAGCGGGCAGGAGGCGGCUGCGCGCGCCGUGGCCCCGUCUGCAGCCGGGAGAUUGGGGCUCUCCUCCCUCCCCGGCUGAUAAAAGCUGGCGGGGACAGAGAUGGGACUGAGCUUUCGCUGAGCCUCUGCCAGAGAAACGGGGAAAAAAACCCUAACGGGGGAAAAACCAAGCGAGGAGAAACAAGUGGGGGGGGGAAAGCAGCCGGAGGAACCCCAAAAGGGCUCUGGAAACAGCCAAGAAAUACCCAAAAAAGUUUUGAGAGGAGAAAAUCCCAGCGCUGCAAGAGAGGACACGGUGGGCGCGAUGGCUUUCUUCCUCAAACCCCGGCCGUGCACGUGGGACUUGGCUGUGGACUACAAUGCAGCAAAACAGUUUCAAGUGGAUGUGACCCUGGAUCCAACCACGGCCGGCCCCGAGGUGAUCCUCUCCGAGGACCUCAAGGAGGCCACCUGGGGCAGACCAGGGCACCGGUGGCCAGCGGGCCCGGGCUGUUUCGACACGGAUCCGUGCAUGUUGGGCAGCCAGGGCUUCACCUCGGGCCGCCACUACUGGGAGGUGGAGGCGAGCGGGCGCUUCUGGACCGUGGGGGUGGCUCGGGAAUCGGUGCGGAGGAAAGGCCGGAUCCUCUUCAAACCCAACGCCGAGAUCUGGGGCUUGCAGAAGUAUGACGAGCUCUGCGUGGCCCUCACGGCUCCCUCCAACACCUCCGUCCCGCUCCACGGCGGGGAGAUCGGGGUCUACUUGGACUAUGAGGUGGGGCAGGUCUCGUUUUACGCCCUCGGCACCCGCCGGCGUGUCUUCACCUUCCGCGUGGCCUCCUUCAGCGGCGAGAGGGUCUUCCCCUACUUCUGCGUGCUGCUCUCCACCAUCAAACUGCCCCCCAAGGGCUGACGGGGCGGCGACGGGGUCCCCCCGAAACCGUUUCGGUGCUUCCAGGAGAAAUGGAAACGCUCCUCACCGCACCUCACCUCAUUUUAUUAUUAUUUUUCUUAUUUUUUUCUUCAGGAUUUGGGGUGAUUUCCACCAUCCGUAGCUCAUGGGUCUGCCUCACCUCGUAAAAUAAUAAUAAUGAUAAUUUCUUCAGGAUUUGGGAUGAUUUCCAUCACCUGUAGCUCAUGGGUCUGCCUCACCUCGUAAAAUAAUAAUAAUAAUAAUGAUAAUAAUUUCUUCAAGAUUUGGGGUGAUUUCCACCACCUGUAGCUCAUGAGUCUCCCUCACCUCAUUUUAUUAUUGUUAUCAAUAUUAUUAUUAUUAUUUCUUCAGGAUUUGGGGUGAUUUCCAUUGCCUGUAGCUCAUGGGUCUGCUAGAUUUUUAUUUUAUUUUUACGUUAUUUUUAUUUUUAUUAUCUUUAUUUUAUUUUUAUUGUCUUUAUUUUUAUUAUUUUUAUUUUUUCUUUAGGAUUUGGGGUGAUUUCCACCACCCCGCAGCUCAUGGGUCUGCCUUACCUCAUUUUAUUAUUAUUACUAUUAUUAUAUUUCUUCAGGAUUUGGGGACAUUUCCACCACCUGUAGCUUGCGGGUCUGCCUCACCUCCUUUUAUGAUUAUGAUUAUUAUUUAUUAUUAAUAAUAAUUUUCUUCAGGAUUUGGAGUGAUUUCCACUGCUUGUGGGUCUGCCUUGGGCUCCGAUGUCUCUGUUACGGGUUAAAUCUGGGAGGUUUUGGGUCUCGUGGUGGUUUGAGCCGGAACCCCCAGUCUCAGCUGAGAGUUGCUGGUUUUAGGGUUAUUGAAAGCGUGUUAAUAGUUUUACUGAGCUGGUGUUGAGCUGAAAUCUUUGGUUUUUCUCCCAAGCACAUGCUGACUUCCAGCCCUAAUUAAACUCCUGAAUUUCAGCAGAACUCUAAUACUAUUGUCCUAAUUUCAGCAGAAUUCACUUAAAUACCACCUGCAGCUACCUGAUAACAGAAUCGAGUUUUAAUUGAUAUUGUUUAAAAUCAUUUUUUUCACAGGAAUUUGCCCCUCUCCCCCCUUUCACUGUUUCUCCCACUGUUUGUUUGUUUUUUUUUUUUUUGAGCAAUUAAUGUGCGAAUAUCACUGCGUUCAGACCAAAAUUAACAGGUUUUAUUGUUAUAAGGAGGAGGUGUGUGUGGGGAAUACGUUUGGGUUGGGAUCUAAUG